AUGGCGGUGGGAUAUGAGCCUCUUCCUCCAACAAUAGGCCGAAAUAUUUUUGGGCGGCAAGUAUGUCAGCUUCCUGGUCUCUUUUGUUAUGCUCAACACAUCGCCAGCAUCGAUGGGAAGCGUGGGCUGUUCACAGGCCUAACCCCCAGACUGUGCUCUGGGGUCCUGGGAACCGUGGUCCACGGUAAAGUGUUGCAGCAUUACCAGGACUGUGAGAAGCCUGAGGAAAUAAGUUCUGGAAAUGUCCAGAAAGAUGCCUCGUCUUCCUUUGAUCGAGUUAUUAAGGAGACGACUCGCGAGAUGAUGGCUCGGUCUGCUGCUACCCUCAUCACACAUCCCUUCCACGUGAUCACUCUGAGGUCAAUGGUACAGUUCAUCGGCAGAGAAUCCAAAUACUGUGGACUUGGCGACUCCAUAGUGACCAUCUAUCGAGAAGAGGGCAUCCUAGGGUUUUUUGCGGGUCUUAUUCCUCGCCUCCUGGGUGACAUCAUUUCUUUGUGGCUCUGUAACUCACUGGCCUACCUCGUCAAUACCUAUGCACUGGACAGUGGGGUUUCCACCAUGAGUGAAAUGAAGAGUUAUUCCCAGGCUGUCACAGGCUUUUUUGCCAGUAUGUUGACCUAUCCUUUCGUGCUUGUCUCUAACUUGAUGGCUGUCAACAACUGUGGGCUUGCUGGUGGAUGCCCUCCCUACUCCCCAAUAUUUACUUCUUGGAUAGAUUGUUGGUGCAUGCUGCAGAAAGAGGGAAAUAUGAGCCGAGGAAAUAGCUUGUUCUUCCGGAAGGUCCCCUUUGGGAAGACUUACUGUUGUGACCUGAGAAUGUUAAUUUGAAGAUGUGGGGCAGGGACAGUGACCUUUCUGUAGUCCCAGAUGCACAGAAUUAUGGGAGAGAAUGCUGAUUUCUACACAGGAUGGCGCGCUUUUUUAAUAAUCAUUUAAUCUUGGGAAAAUGGAGGUGUUUGGUGUCUGCCUUUUUUCUCUCCACCCCUCUCCAACACCACAGAAUUCACCACUGAAACCCCCCUCCCCAACUUUUUCUGAAGUGUGACCCUUCUUUGCUUCAGACCCUUUUUAACUUAAACAGAGAAGGAGAAAAAAGUUUUAUUUCCCUAAAGGUACGGGCAAGAUUGCCAUGUGACUUUAGUCUGCAUUUUAAACUUUUUCAUGAAGAAUAGAAUCCCAAGGAGUAGGAAGAGUUUGAUAAAAUUGUAGAAGCUACAGACGCGACUGUUCAAUUCCUUUCCGUGCCAACCCUGACCCCGGGAGGCCUCAGCUUCCGGGAGCCCCUCUGAAAUGAACUCCAUCUUGCAUCCUGCAGAAGACAUAUCCAGGGAAGAGAAGGGUAAUGACCUCUCCCCACCCCCACCCCCCGCCCCCGAAAAGUUCUUGUUUCCACAUGAAGUAUGAGAAGCCAACCCCACAGCUACCACUGCCCCUUCUCCAAGAAUUGUCUGUGCCCGUCCUUCCAUCACAUUAUCACACCCUUCUCUCUCUUCCAUUGAGCCAUUUAUCUCAUCCUCCCACGCCCUCAGUGCCCCGCCUCUGGCAAGGCCACACCCGUGUGGGAAGAAGAAACCCCUGGAGGAGGGAUGAUCUGACUCCACACAGGGUAAAGUGCUGUACAGUGAGCGCGUGGUUUCGCUGGUUUAGGAUCCCCCGGACAUUGCCAAACAUGUUUCCCCUUUUAUCCCCUGUCUGUCAGGCCCCCCACCCCCCACCCCCUACUGUGGGCAAGAGUGAGCAUGCAGGGUGCCCGUCCCCUGGGCCCAGGAGCCACCGGAUGCACACAGCGUAAAGGAAGUGUCCUCAAGGCCUCUCUACUAUGUCUCCAAAAAGUCAUGUAAAUUUUCUAUUCUGGUCACUAUUCUCUGCAUUUGUUUGAAUUUAAAAAUGUUUUGUAGUUCCUACCUCCCUCACCCCUCCCCCUGCCCCAAAACAAAAAAUGGUAAUCUUCAAGUAAAGAUGCUCUAGGAGAACGUUC